AUGAAGAAAACGUUAACAAGAUCGAAAACUUUCGAUGGUGAUUUAUUUAAAGUUGAAAAACGUCUCACACGUCAAUCCACUCUUCCUUCGUUUGCUCAUGCAGCCGAAUUCGAUUACAAACGUGAUACGAAACAGCUGAUGAAAAUUUUGAAAAACUGUGUCACUGCUCACAUGUUGGAUCUGGAUUGUAUUCUUCAUUUCCUCUCAGCCUACAGCUGUGAGCAACGCAUGAUAAUUAUACAUGAUCUCGACUAUGAAUAUCAUUAUAAUUUGAUUGAUAUGGUACUCAAACGACCUGAAUCACCUAUUCGUUCGUGUACUUUAGCCAUGCUCGUUGAACCGGUUGAAUUGUGUGCACGACACUUUCACGAUUUCUUAACGCAAAAAUUAACGAAAAACGACGACAAGAAUGUUUCAAGAGUUCUACUUGAAAUUCUAUUGGGAUUAAACAAUGAUGAUGUGCGAAAAUUCAAAGAAACUUAUGAACUGGUGUUUGGCGCUGCUGUUCAAAAUGAUAUUACAGUUGCACUUGGCGCAGAGGGCAUUCUUCCGAAUUUGUUAAUUCAAUUGCUACAAGGAGAACGUUAUGAAGAUUCCGCAGGUUCAUCCACUACAGCUAAAUACGUGGCGAAAGGUUUAUACGAGGCAACUUCAGAUACACCGAUCAUUGAUGACGAUACGUUGAUAAAAAUAUUCACUCAAGAUUCAUUUUCUCAGCUAUCGAGUAUAUUCGAUUUCUACGAAGACAAAUACGGACAGCCAUUUUUGCAAGCAAUCGAGCGUCGAUUUCAAAAUCCAAUAGAAAUUCAAUAUUUUCAAGACAUUAUUGAGUUCACCCACUCGCCAAGUAGCUAUUAUUCACAUCUACUGCGCCAAGCGCAGGAUAAAACACCGAUCGAUUAUGUGACUAUCAUUCGCAUUAUUCUUGGACGUGAGGAAAAAGAUCUAGCCGAAAUCAAAUUAGAAUAUUCGAAAAUUUACGACGAAACCUUGGAUGAAACGUUAAAACAGCGACUAGAUAAUUUAGAAAUCAAACGUUUGCUGAUCAUGAUCGUAACCGGAGGUGUAGAUAUAACAGUUAAUGAUGGCGGACCGGUUCGUUUCGACCACGCCAAUAAUAGUAAUUCAACAAAUUCAGGCUCGAACUCGCCGUCAGCAACAACGAAUGGCCAUCAAGGUGCGAGAAAGUUUUCGCAUGAAGCAUUUGAUCGAUUCGUGAAUGUUUUUAAACAAAUGCGUUCGCAUUAA